ACAAUAUUUUCUACAUCAUACUGCUUUAAAAUCGUUUUCGAUCACUCUAAGCAGGUAUACAUUGUAUACAUUUAAGAAACAGCUUUAAGAUACAAGGGAAUCCGGGAACCAGUCCCUAGCUCUUAUUGAAUAGACCCCUUGGUUCUUUUACAUGCCCAGUGUAUAGCACUGAUACAUGCGAGGAUUACCUGGAUUUCUUACCAGUACACCUCUAGGUAGGUGGGAAACACUGAAAGUGUCUCUGAAAAAUCCCAAGGGUGUAACCCAGGAUCGAACCCGGGACCUCAGGAGUGAUAGUCAGUGGUUUAACCAACUGAGCUAUCGCGCCACCUAUAUUUCUGUACUUGUCGAUUUGACAGGAAAAUUAUUUAUUUUAUUUUCGAAUAAUUCAAUGGAUUGGUAUAGUGAGUCAGUUAUGUUGAGUGGUGUAGCCAAGGUGGCUGCUGUAGCAGCAUCAUCAGCUGUAGUGUUACCAUAUAUAGCCGCUCUCAUUUGUAACCUGGCAUAUGGCUGGCCACAAGUUCCUAACAGAUAUCGCAGAGCUUUUAAUCCACGUAAAGUGUAUGCACUCAACUUAUGUAUCAUACAGAGUUUCAUGUUAUCACUGAGAUAUGCUACUCUGUUUGUACAGUGGAAAGCCUUCUACAGAAAGGCAAAAGCUCCUGAAGUUAUAAAAGACAAAGAGUAUGGUAGAAGAAGUAAAAAAUUGGAUUUGUAUCUUCCUAGGAGGGGAAGUUCUGGAGAUAGUGGACAUUACCCAGUUGUUGUAUUUGCUUAUGGUGGAGCCUGGGGGUCAGGGAAUAAGAAGAUGUACGGAAUGCUGUGUUCUGCUGUUGCUAACAAACUUGGUGCAAUAGUUUGCUGUCCUAAUCAUUCUACAUAUCCACAGGGCUAUGUAGAUGAUAUGGUUCAGGAUAUGGUAGACUGUCUAAGCUGGUUACAUCAGAAUGUACAUCAAUACAAUGGAGACAAGGAGAAGAUCAUAUUAUUAGGCCAUUCAUCUGGUGCCCAUCUCAGUAUGAUGACAGUGUUACAACUCUGCAAUGAGGCUGGGAUCCAACCUUCCUCACCUGGUUCCCUGCACUUCAGGGAAAGUCAUUUUAAUGGUAACUCUGAUAGUAACGAUAAAGGAAGUUCUGGUUCCACAGGGUCGUUUCAAGUAGUUGAUGGUCAAAAUGGAAAUGGUGGUCAAACAAAUGACUUAGAUAAAAUGUCAUUAUCAACUAGUCAGUUUGAAGUUUUACAAACUCAGAAAUCUGAAACAGAAGUAUCUGAGGGCUCAUUACUAGAAAGUGAAAUCCAGGAGCUGACACAGUCAGAAAUUAGUGGUAUAAGAUAUCGUGGUGCAGCUGGGGAACAAAGUGCCCUCUAUGUUGAGGGAGCAUCUGACGAGGGAAGAAGGGAGAUAAUUAAUGAUGGUACAGGUGAUGAUGAUUUGGCUGGCAUUCUUAACCAAGGUGUUGAACAGUCUUUAACCAUAGCUCAACCAUCAAUGUCAGAACUUAGGAAGUCAGUUAAGGCAAUGAUAGGUAUUGCUGGUGUUUAUCAUAUUGGAGAUCAUUUUAAACAUGAGAGUAGUAGAGGAGUAGAGGAUAUAUCUUCUAUGGCUAAAGCUAUGAGAGGUCACAACAACUUUGAGCGGUUCUCACCUACACAUAUUGUUAGCACAAUCACUUCUGCUCAAUGUUUUCCAAAAAUAGUCAUUCUUCAUGGCACUGAGGAUUAUGUUGUACCUCUGUCAUCAGCAACAAAGUUAGUAGAUGAACUGAAACGUAUUGAAGCAGACGUAACACUUCGUAUAAUACCAAACUGUGAUCACUAUGAAAUAUGUCUAGACUUGAUGAAACCAACCAUGAAGUUUCAUACAACUGUCAUGAAUAUUAUAGAUGAUACAGCUAACAGUGUCUUCUCUUGAUUAUUGUAUUAUCUAGGAUGAUAAUUUUAUUAUCUAGGAUAAUUGUAUUAUCUAGGAUAAUUGUUUAUCUAGGAUAAUUGGGUUAUCUAGGAUAAUUGUAUUAUCUAGGAUAAUUGUUUAUCUAGGAUAAUUGGGUUAUCUAGGAUAAUUGUUUAUCUAGGAUAAUUGUUUAUCUAGGAUAAUUGUUUAUCUAGGAUAAUUGGGUUAUCUAGGAUAAUUGUAUUAUCUAGGUUAAUGUGUUAUCUAGGAUAAUUGUGUUAACUAGAAUAAUUAUAUUAUCUACCAGGAUAAUUAUGUUAUCAAGAAUAAUUGUGUUAUCUAGGAUGAUAAUUGUAUUAUCUAGGAUAUUUGUGUUAUCUAAGAUAAACAGAUCUUGAAGGUUUUUUAAAAAGUAUUUCAAUUGUUAUGUGAUAUAUUAUAGUGAUAUUAAGACUUUAUUUUAAAUAAAUCAAGAGACCUGAAAUAUUUUUGACAAUAAAAAAUAUUGUACAGAAUAUACAAAGUAAUAUAUAUUUAAACAGUGAAAAAUUAAAAUUUCCUCAUCAGUUCACACUCCACAACCAGUUGACUAGAAGGUAUUAUAGUUUUACCAAUGUCCAUCUGUCAUUAUGUAGUCUGUCUAUCUGCCAGAGAUCAAAAUUUCUUUUCAGAGCAAUUUCAGUCAUGAUUCAUUUGUCUUUCACUGCUGCUUUAGAAAUAAUGUGGGAUUAGUAGUGAGUUAAUUGAGGAGAAGUUGUUAAUUACUGGUUAGUUAUCCAGUCUGACAGGCAGCCUAGCUAUGACCAUACAGUGUGUUGAAAUUGGUACAAAAAAUAGACAAACUAAAGACACAAAUUUGUAUUUUAAAUGAAUAAUGAAUUAAUGUAUUAAUUAAUUGGACACUAAUGUUUUACAAGUAAAAGAUCACCAGAAUGAUCAUAGUUAAUAUGUUUACAUUCAGUAAAGAAAGAUUGGAAGCUGAUAUUUUGGGGCAUGUAUCACACAUACACAGUUGAAAUAUUGACAUGAGGACAAAACGAAUUUACCCAGGGGCUGUUUAUAACCCCAGGGGACAUUUUACUAAUAUUCUUAUGCUCAAGCUUUAUGUAAGUUUUAACUUGUGUUAGAAUUUUUCUUGUAAAGGCAUUUUACUAAAAAUUUGUGUACAUACAAUUUACAUAAGUUAAAAAAAGCAUAUAAUGAUGAUAAUUCUUACAAAAAAGAAAAGUUAUUAAAACAGGUCCAAGGAUAGUAAUGCUUUUCAAUAGCUAAAUGUAGAUUGUGAUCAUUCUAGUGGUCUUAACAGUUGGUUAACCCUCUUGCCAUGUUAGAUGAGCAGUCCUCAUUUUCUCAUAAGUGUUGAUGAGUGGAAUAUUUGUUCUCUGUCCAAAAAACUUAAUCCUGUGAUAAUUCAAUAAAUACCUAUAUUUUUAUAUACAAUAUUUUUAUAUGAAUCUGGAAACAUAGAUAUGUGGCACUAAGAUAGCAUUAUUGCAUGCCUUCCUUUAUGUAGAGAAAUAUGGUUGUUGUAGCAAUAAAUAGAUUAAAAUUAGCAUAAUCCUUGAACCUGUAAUAUUUCAAAAAGCACUUAUUUAUUUUUUCUUGAAAUUAGAAUAUGGAUACAUAGCAAUAUGGAGAUUAUGCACAUUAUUUUAAUUUUGAUAUGUGUUUGAAGAUAGGUUUGAAAUUCUCAAGAACUAGAUCCUACAAUUAUUAAAAAAGUACUUUGAAUAUUUUCAUUGUUACUUUGCAUAGAUGGCAAUUUGGGGAAUAUGCACUUCAUGUUACUUUGUUCCUAUUUUAAGAACUGUGGUUACCAUGAUAACAAAUAGAUUUGAAAUUGGACUGACACUGGAACUGCAAUAAUUCAAAGUGUUUUAUAUAUUUUCAUGAAACUUAAAAUAGGGAUGGGUUGCAAAAUAGAGAUUAUGGACAUCAAUUUAAUUUGUUCCUCUAGUGAGAAACAAAUUGACAUACAGCCUGCAAAAACUUGGAACAUGUGAUUAUUAAAAAUAUAACAUAGAAUAAUUUCAUGAAACUUGAAACAUGCUUAGAUGGCAAUAUAGAGAAUAUGUACAUUAUUUGAUUUUAUUCGUAUCUUGAGAAUUGUGGUUGCUAACAAACUUAAAAUUUAAAAUUGGUGACAUACUUUUAUAUCCAAUAGAAAUCCAUUUUAAACAAACCUACAUGUUUUGAGACACCAAAGACCAAUACAUAACACAAUGCAAUCCCCCAUUUUU